AAAUGAAAAUUUUAUAUAUUUUGAUUACCUUUGCUGCAUUGGCUACUUUUGCCUUGUGCGAUUUACGUGUAGAAAUGCGCAAAUUUUUUAGUUAUUGCCAGUUUGAAGCCAAUGUGACCGAAACGCAGUUAAAUAAAUUCAUUGACAAUGGCAUGUUGGCUAGCGAGGCCAAAUCCAAUAUAAGAUGUCUUGUAAAGUGUACUAUGGAACGGUAUGGACUCAUUAGAAAUGGCACUUAUGACACUGAAAGAGCAAUUCGAGAUUUUGCUUCGAAAGUUCCAAAGCGUAAGGGUUUGGAGGAGGAUGUUAAGGAAGCGGUGAAUAAAUGCAAAGCUGAGAAGGGUGCCGAUGAUUGUGAUAGGGCUUUCAAGAUCACCAUGUGUAUUAAAGAGUUUAAAACUCGUUUUCCUGAGGUUUAA